AAACACCAUCCCCAACUCAUGGCACUGACGAAGUACUUCUGGGCAAACUCAAAUCCUCUGUCAAGUAACAGGAAGUGAGAAGGGGGAAAUGUCACCUCUCUGACGGAUCACCAAAAGCAAAACGGAGUGACUUCUCAUUGUUUUAUAGACUGCAAAAAGAGAACAUCUCAGAAGAGAGCCUCUUCCUGAAAUCAAAGGAUUUAAAGAAAAAGUGAAUUUUUCUUCAGCAAGUUGUGAAACUAUAUCCACAAUCUUUGAAGCCCGGAAACACUAUCCAAACUCUGGUCAGUGUGUUUUCUCACUGGAGAAUCCUCUACGUGUGGCAAUUGGAUUAUCAUCAGCCCUGCCUGUUUUGUACCUGGAAAGUGCCCUGGUCUUACUUGGCUCCAAAUUGUUGGCUUUCACUUUUGACCCCAAGCAUCUGAAGCCAUGGGCCACACACAGAGGCAGGGAACACCACCAUCCAAGGGUCCAUACCUCAUGUUCUUUCAUCUGUUGGUGCUGUUUGUUCUUUUUCACAUCUGUCAAGGUAUUAUCCAGGUGACCAAGGGAGUAAAAGAAGUGGCAACACUGUCCUGUGGUCACAAUGUUUCUGUUGGAGAGCUGGCACAAACUCGCAUCUACUGGCAAAAGGAGAAGAAAAUGGUGCUGACUAUGAUGUCUGGGGACAUGAAUAUAUGGCCCAAGUACAAGAACCGGACCAUCUUUGAUAUCACUAAUAACCUAUCCAUUGUGAUCCUGGCUCUGCGCCCAUCUGAUGAGGGCACAUACGAGUGUGUUGUUCUGAAGUAUGAAAAAGAUGCUUUCAAGCGGGAACACCUGGCUGAAGUGAUGCUAUCGGUCAAAGCUGACUUCCCUACACCCAGUAUAACUGACUUUGAAAUCCCAACUUCUUCUGACAUUAGAAGGCUAAUUUGCUCAACCUCUGGAGGUUUUCCAGAGCCUCACCUCUCCUGGUUGGAAAAUGGAGAAGAAUUAAAUGCCAUCAACACAUCAGUUUCCCAAGACCCUGAAACUGAGCUCUAUACUAUUAGCAGCAAACUGGAUUUCAAUAUGACAACCAACCACAGCUUCAUGUGUCUCAUUAAGUAUGGACAUUUAAAAGUGAAUCAGACCUUCAACUGGAGAACACCCAAGCAAGAGCAUUUUCCUGAUACCUCGCUCCUAUCCUGGGUCACUACGCUCAUUAUGCUACUCUUAGUAAUCGGAAUUUUUGUGCUUUGCCGCCUGACCUACCGCUUUGCCCCAAGAUGCAGAGAGAGAAGGAGGAAUGAGAGAUUGAGAAGGGAAAGCGUACGCCCUAUAUAACAGGAUCCGCAGAAGCAAGAGGUUGAAAAAAACAUCUGAAGGUCCCACCUUCACUUGCAAUUGACCUCUUCUGGGAACUUCUUCAGAGGGACAGGAUUACCCCACCUUGACCUUUGUGUAUCUGUUCUUAGGUGCUUCUUCACUUCAGUUGCUUUGCAGGAAGUGUCUAGAGGAAUACGGUGGGCAAAGAAGUUGCUCUGCUGACCUGGAUAAAGGGGUUUUGAAAUGUGGAAUUCUUGAGUUCUGAAAGGGACUUUAGAGAAUACCAGUGUCAUUAAUGACAAAGGCACUGAGGCCCAGGACAACCACAAUUAUAAAGGCCAGUGCCAGAACCCAGAUUUCCUAACUCUGGUGCUCUUUCCCUUCAUCAGUUUGACUCUGGCCUGUUAGCUGGUGUAUACAUAUACAUGUCAGGCAAAAUGCUGCUGGAAGUAGAAUUUGUCCAGUAUCAGGUCAGCUUCAGAGACUUGAUCUGAUUUCAUGUUGUGGUUUACAAAAGUCCAAUAUCAUGUAUAGGUAGUAUGGCAUGAACAUCUUUAGGAUAAUGGAAAUAUUACUGGUGUUUAGCCAGUAUUCCAUUUUUCAUUGUGUUCUCUAUUGUUGCUUUCUCACUCCCCCAUGAGGUACAAAGAAAGUAGAACUAUCCAAAACUAAUCUCCUCUGAUAUUUAACAUGAAUGAUUUAUGUACCUCAAAGCAGCAGUCAAGGAGGAAAGGGAUGGUCCAAAGACUUACAAUCAAUUGGUUCAUAUUGGACUGAUAAUCUCUUUAAAUGGCUUUAUGCUAGUUUGACCUCAUUUGUAAAAUAUUUAUGAGAAAGUCCUCAUUUAAAAUGAGUUAUUUACUGUGUAUGCACUAAACAGUAAGGUAUUUUCCAAUGUCUAAAGUGGUAGCUUUUCACAGAGCCUUCUUAGAUCCCUAAGACGGCUUUUCCUUGGUAUUUCUGGGUCUUUCUGACAUCAGCGGAGAACUGGAAAGACAUACUGUCAGGCCUCCAUGUGGAAGCCUGGACCCAGAAAGUCUGAAGACCAGCCUGCCUCAGCUGAUCAUUCCCCACCCCACAACCCUCACCUACAUAAUACCCCUGCCCCCUCCCCAAAAGAUCUGCCCCAACCUAUAAAACCAACUCCUAUCCCACUGCCCUUCACUGACGCCCUUUUCAGCCUCAGCCCACUUGCACCCGGGGGAAUAAACAGCCAUGUUGCUCACACAAAGCCUGUAUGGGGGAUCUCUUCAUUCAAAGUGCGUGUUUUAACACA